CACCAAUAAAGAAGACACGUUUUUCAAGACAAAGAUUUUCAUUAUACUGUUUCCCGGCACUGCAAAUACGAUUACAUCAUGGCUUUCACAUUCUUAUUUUCACUGGUGCAAACUCUGAUUCUACUAGCAUCCUGUUUGUAUUUUGUCUACAAAGUGGUUGUCCAUCGUCGAUAUAAUUUACCACCUGGUCCACAAGGAUGGCCUUUGAUUGGGUCAGUGCUGCAAUGUUGUGAACACACAUAUUUGACGUUCCACAAAUGGAGUCAAACUUAUGAUGACGUAUUCAGUGUAAGGCUUGGGGUACAGUUAGUGGUUGUACUCAAUAGCUACGAUGCGAUAAGAGACGCGUUUCUGCAUUCAUCAACAAAAGUUGCAGACCGUCCAAAGCAGUGGAUAAUCAGCAGAGCAACAAAUCAGAAAGGUGUGGCCACUCCAUGGAACGACUGGAAAGUUACACGUAAACAUAUGAUCAAGACAUUAAAUGAAUAUGUUGUGAAAAAUAAAGGAAUGGAAAAGAUUCUGAAGACAGAAUGCGAUGUUUUAGAGAAGUACAUCUCUAAUGCUGCAGGAAAACCAAUAUAUCCAAAAGAUGCCAUCUAUAUAGCAAUUGGUAACGUUUUCUGUUCCCUGGUGUUCAGUAAAAGGUUUGAAUACAGUAAUGAUGAUUUCAAAACACUUUUGGCGAAGGUGUCUAAAAAAGCCGCGUCCAAUACUGAUUUAUUAACAUUUCUACCAUUAUUUUGGUAUAUUCCUACAACCAAGAAACGCUUAUUUCUCUCAGUUGAAGCGGAAGUGUCAUCACUUAUCGAAGCCAUUAUUACCGAGCGUCGCCAACAGUUGCUGGACAGAGAACCAGAAAAUAUUAUCGAUUCAUUCCUUAUUAACCCAGGUAACACCACCAACUUAGUUGAAGCAGCAAAAAGUAUGUUCAUGCCAGGGAUAAAUUCAACAUCCAGUACAUUGUUGUGGGGAAUACUCUAUCUCGCGUUGAACCCGGAGAUUCAGGAGAAGUGUUACUCGGAAAUAGUGGAAGUGGUAGCACAGUGA